AUGUUGAAGUCCCUGGUCACAAUUAUUGUAUUCUUGUUGAUUGUUCGUGCUCAAGAUGAUCUGGGUGAUGAUUCUGUUUUUGAUGGAAAGAAAACUGUGCGUGUUUUAAAUGCGAUGAAUGAUGGCAUUCUUGUGUAUCUCCAUUGUCGGUCGAGGGACAAUGAUCUUGGCAAACAUGUUCUUGCCGUUGGAGAGUACCAACAAUGGUCCUUCAGAGAUAAUUUUCUUGACUCGACUCUUUUUUGGUGCAAGAUGGAUGCAGGCAAUGUGCAUGCGCGUUUUGAAGUUUAUCGUGCCAAAAUUGAGGAGACGUUAUGUGAUUCCCUAUGCAAUCGAGCUCUAACAAACGAUGGAGCCUAUUUUUAUGAUCAGUUCCGUGGCUACUGGCAGAAGAGAUUAUCAUGGUAUAUUCCAUAA